CUGACUGGCCCUUCCCUGUCGACAGCGCUCCUUCACCCUCAUCGUGGAGGCCUGGGACUGGGACAAUGACACCACCCCGGAUGAGGAGCUGCUGAUCGAGCGGGUGUCGCACGCGGGCAUGAUCAACCCCGAGGACCGCUGGAAGAGCCUGCACUUCAGCGGCCACGUGGCGCACCUGGAGCUGCAGAUCCGCGUGCGCUGUGACGAGAACUACUACAGCGCCACCUGCAACAAGUUCUGCCGGCCGCGCAACGACUUCUUUGGCCACUACACCUGCGACCAGUACGGCAACAAGGCCUGCAUGGAUGGCUGGAUGGGCAAGGAGUGCAAGGAAGCUGUGUGUAAACAAGGAUGCAAUCUGCUCCACGGGGGAUGCGCCGUGCCCGGGGAGUGCAGGUGCAGCUACGGCUGGCAGGGGAGAUUCUGUGACGAGUGCGUCCCCUACCCCGGCUGUGUGCACGGCAGCUGCGUAGAGCCCUGGCAGUGCAACUGCGAGACCAACUGGGGCGGCCUGCUCUGCAACAAAGACCUGAACUACUGCGGCAGCCACCACCCCUGCACCAACGGGGGCACGUGCAUCAAUGCAGAGCCCGACCAGUACCGCUGCGCCUGCCCAGACGGCUACUCGGGCAAGAACUGUGAGCGGGCUGAGCACGCCUGCGCGUCCAACCCAUGUGCCAACGGCGGCUCUUGCCACGAGGUGCCCUCUGGCUUUGAAUGCCACUGCCCGUCGGGCUGGAGUGGGCCCACCUGUGCACUGGACAUCGACGAGUGUGCCUCCAACCCAUGCGCGGCAGGGGGCACCUGCGUGGACCAGGUGGAUGGCUUCGAGUGCAUCUGCCCUGAGCAGUGGGUGGGGGCGACCUGCCAGCUGGACGCCAAUGAGUGUGAAGGGAAGCCGUGCCUUAAUGCUUUUUCUUGCAAAAACCUGAUUGGUGGCUAUUACUGUGAUUGCAUCCCGGGCUGGAAGGGCGUCAACUGCCAUAUCAACAUCAAUGACUGUCGUGGGCAGUGUCAGCACGGGGGCACCUGCAAGGACCUGGUGAACGGCUACCAGUGCGUGUGCCCGCGGGGUUUCGGCGGCCGGCACUGCGAGCGGGAGCUGGACGAGUGUGCCAGCAGCCCCUGCCGUGGUGGCCUCUGCGAGGACCUGGUCGAUGGCUUCCGCUGCCACUGCCCCAAGGGCUUCUCGGGGCAGCUCUGCGAGGUGGAUAUCGACUUCUGCGAGCCGAAUCCCUGCCAGAACGGCGCCCGCUGCUACAACUUGGAGGGUGACUAUUACUGCGCGUGCCCUGACGACAUGGCUGGCAAGAACUGCUCCGUGCCCAGGGAGCCGUGCCCCAGCGGGGCCUGCAGAGUGAUUGAUGGCUGUGGGUUCGAGGCAGGCCCCAGGGUGGCGGUUGCAGCACCCUCCAGCGUGUGUGGCCCCCACGGACACUGCGUCAGCCAGCCUGGGGGCAACUUCUCCUGCGCCUGCGACAGCGGCUUCACGGGCGCCUACUGCCAUGAGAACAUCGACGACUGCCUGGGCCAGCCGUGCCGCAACGGGGGCACGUGCAUCGACGAGGUGGACGCCUUCCGCUGCUUCUGCCCCAGCGGCUGGGAGGGCGAGCUCUGCGACACCAAUCCCAACGACUGCCUUCCCGAUCCCUGCCACAGCCGCGGCCGCUGCUACGACCUGGUCAACGACUUCUACUGCGCCUGUGACGACGGCUGGAAGGGCAAGACCUGCCACUCGCGCGAGUUCCAGUGCGACGCCUUCACCUGCAGCAACGGUGGCACCUGCUACGACAGCGGGGACACCUUCCGCUGUGCCUGCCCCCCGGGCUGGAGGGGCAGCACCUGCCACAUCGCUGAGAACAGCAGCUGUCUGCCCAACCCGUGCGUGAAUGGGGGCACCUGCGUGGGCAGCGGGGACUCUUUCUCCUGCAUCUGCCGGGACGGCUGGGAGGGCCGCACCUGUACACACAACACCAAUGACUGUAACCCUCUGCCUUGCUACAACGGUGGCGUCUGCGUCGAUGGUGUCAACUGGUUCCGCUGCGAGUGUGCGCCUGGCUUCGCGGGUCCUGACUGCCGCAUCAACGUGGACGAGUGUCAGUCCUCGCCCUGCGCCUACGGGGCCACAUGUGUGGACGAGAUCAACGGCUAUCGCUGCAGCUGCCCCCCAGGCCGGGCCGGCCCGCGCUGCCAGGAGGUGAUCGUGUUCGGGAGGUCCUGCUGGUCACGGGGCGUGCCCUUCCCACAUGGGAGUUCCUGGGUGGAGGACUGUAACAGCUGCCGCUGCCUGGAUGGCCACCGGGACUGCAGCAAGGUGUGGUGUGGGCAGAAGCCGUGCCUGCUGGCUGGCCAGCCCGACACCCUGAGUACCCAGUGCCCACUGGGGCAGCGGUGCCAGGAGAAGGCCCUGGGUCAGUGUCUGCAGCCGCCCUGUGCGGCCUGGGGGGAGUGUGGCGCCGAGGAGGCCCUGCUGCCCAGCACCCGCUGCCUGCCGCGCUCCGGCCACCUGGACAACAACUGCGCCCGCCUCACGCUGCGCUUCAACCGCGACCAGGUGCCCCAGGGCACCACCGUGGGCGCCAUCUGCUCGGGGAUCCGUGCCCUGCCGGCCACGAGGGCGGUGGCCCGGGACCGCCUGCUCAUACUGCUCUGUGACCGACCGUCCUUGGGAACCAGCGCCGUGGAGGUGGCCGUGUCCUUCAGCCCGGCACGGGACCUGCCCGACAGCAGCCUGAUCCAGAGCGCGGCUCAUGCCAUCGUGGCCGCCAUCACCCAGCGGGGGAACAGCUCGCUGCUGCUGGCAGUCACUGAGGUCAAGGUGGAGACGGUCGUCAUGGGAGUCUCCUCCACAGGUCUGCUGGUGCCGGUGCUGUGCGGCGUGUUCAGCGUGCUGUGUCUGGCGUGUGUGGCCGUCUGUGUGUGGUGGAGCCGCAGGCGCAGGAAAGAGCGGGAGAGGAGCCGGCUGCCGCGGGAGGAGAGCGCCAACAACCAGUGGGCCCCCCUCAACCCCAUCCGCAACCCCAUCGAGCGGCCGGGCGGUGGCGGCCCGGGCGGCGGCCCCAAGGACGUGCUGUACCAGUGCAAGAACUUCACACCACCGCCGCGCAGGGCGGGCGAGGCGCUCCCCGGGCCGGCGGGCGGCGCAGAGGACGAGGAGGACGAGGAGCCUGGCCAUGGGGAGGCCGACCCCCUGGAGGCUGAGAAGUUCCUCUCGCACAAAUUCACCAAAGACCCUGGCUGCUCGCCCGGGAGGCCGGCCCGCUGGGCCUCGGGCCCCAAAGUGGACAACCGUGCCGUCAGGAGCAUCCACGACGUGCACCGCGCCGGCAAGGAGUAGGACAGUGGCCGCCAGCCGGCCUGGGACCCAGGACCCCUCGCUGGGCACCGCGCCACCCGCCGGACCAUAGGAGGCUGAGGCCGUGUGCAUAGUUUCUUUAUUUUGUGUAAAAAAACACCAAAAACCAAAAACAAAUGUUUAUUUUCUACGUUUCUUUAAUCUUGUAUAAAUUAUUCGAUGACUGUCGGGUGGAGAACAGCGGAGUAUUCGGAUAGUUGCUAUUUUUGUAACGUUUCCGCGUCACACUUGCUGUGUGGCGGGAGAGAGCAGAGGGUGUCUGUGUUCUCACCAGAUUGUUUAACGUGUGUUACCAGAGGUGGUGCACUGUUUACAGAAUCUUCCUUUUUAUUCCUCGCUUGGGGUUCUCAGUGGCUUCAGGCCAAAGAGCCAGUGGGACCCAUGGCUGUUGGUGGGACCACCGUGGGUGACAGCAGGGCCAACGGUGUGGCCCGUGGCUGUUGGUGGCACCACCCAUGGCUGUCAGCAUGGCCUAUGGCAGUUGGUAUGGCUUGAGGCUGUCAUUGGGUCCCAUGGCUGCCGGUGGGACCACCCGUGGCUGACAGUGUGGCCUGAGGCUAUUGGUGGGACCUGUGAUGUUCAGUGUGGCCCGUGGCUGUUGGUGGCACCUGUGGUUGUCAGUGGGGCUUGAGGUCAUAGGUGGGGCCUGUGGUGGUCGGCAUGGCCUGAGGCCCGUGGGCAGACCCUCGCUGGCUCACCGGUCAGUCCCCUCCAGUCUGCCGUCCCUGCUUGCUCCUGCCCGGAACACCCGCUGUAGAGAUCUCUCCACUGUGCUUUCAGAAGUGCCCUUCCUGACUGCUCUGUUCUCCCCCGGGACGGUGGCAGUAUUGAAGCUUGUGACAAGUGCCUUCACAGACUCUCCCCUCGCAACUGUCAGCGUUUGCCGUGGGCAUCAGGCCGCUGCCCACCUGCCGGCCCCGGCCACCCCUCCUCGUGAAAGUGCAUUUUUGUAAAUAUGUACAUAUUAAAUGAAUCACUCUGUAUAUUUGAUUUAAUAACUUAAAUGCUUUGGCCUCCC